ACAUAUAAUUUUAUGGAACCACUACAUGGAGACCUAAGUUUUGCUCCCAGUGACACAAAUUUAUUAGAGUACUAACUACUAGCAUUUCCACAUUUCUUAUGGGCGCUUUACAAAUCGUCCUUCACUCGUUCAAAUACCUAGUCCGGUAUCCUGUUUGAACUCCGUAGUCGACCGUUGGAGAGUGAGCAGAGCGAAACAGAGAGCAAUGGUUGCCUUGGGAAAGAGGACCCGAACCCUAGAACUUCCUGCAAACCCUAACCAUCACAUCGAUAAUGGCCAAAACCAGACAACUGAAGCCGAGACAAUCUCAGCAUACGAACUCUCCCGAGAAAAAAGAAUCAAAGAAAACCUUCAAAGAAUGGAGAAGCUUGGCAUUUUUGAUCUCUCAGCCAAGCUCAAGUCCGUCGUCCUUCCGACCCCAAAAAACCCCUCCGCUAGGAGAAUAGCCGCUCGGAAGAACGAAUCUUCGAUACUGUCGUCGGGACCCCGUCGACGAUCUUCUAGGUUGCAAAAUGUAACGCCCAUUAGCUACUCAGAACUGGAUAUGUCGAAGAAGGAUGCCUCUUGGGAAAAUGAGGAUCUACUGCGAGAAGAGGGUUCAAAGCCAGAGGUUUACGGUGAAGCGCAUGAGAAGGUUUUGGGUAACACACAGAAGAGUUGGACACUUUUUGUGGAUGGAUGUGGAAAGGAUGGAAAGCGUAUAUAUGAUCCAGUAAAGGGAAAGACUUGCCACCAAUGCAGGCAGAAAACUCUUGGUCAUCGUACUCACUGCAGCAAAUGCAACAUGGUCCAAGGACAAUUUUGCGGAGAUUGUUUGUUUAUGAGAUACGGGGAGCAUGUCCUAGAAGCUAAAGAGAAUCCAAAUUGGAUUUGCCCUGUCUGUCGUGGAAUUUGCAACUGCAGUCUGUGCCGGCAAGCAAAGGGAUGGGCUCCCACUGGUCCUCUUUAUAGAAAGAUUUCAAAAUUGGGCUUCAAAUCAGUUGCACAUUACCUCAUUCAAACUCAACGCUUAGACGCAAGGUCAGGAAAAGACACAAGUACCAACAGUUCAGUUUCGGCAAGGAGAUCAUUGCCCUUCUCAGAUAUAGAUGCACUAUCGAAGAGCAAUGAAUUCCCCAUGUCCAAUAGUGACCAUCAUGGAUUACUGAAGGCUGAAGUUGAAGAGAAAAACAAUGAUGGGUUGAAUAAAGAGGAAAAGAUGAAGCAUUUUUCAGACAGAAAUAUCUUAUCAGGAAUUAGCCCAACACUCAAAAAGAAGGCUGCUUGUGCCACUGAAUCAAGUGCAGAUAGUGUUGCUGGAAGAUUAAGGCAGAGGAAGCAUAGUGAAGGCAAUGACCACAAUCAUAAGGAGUUGGCGACAGAAGAUGAAGAGGAAACUUUGGAUGAUAAGUUUUCUGCAAACAAGUCCUCAGAAAAUAAAACAGGAUUUGACAUGAAGCUUUUGGCUGCAUGUGAGCCAAAAAAGAAGGCUGCUCAUAUCACUGAACCAAGCCCUGAUAGUAUUGCUGGAAGAUUAAGGCAGAGGCGUAUGAAAGGCAAUGACCUGAAUGGGGGGAGUAGCUGAUUCGGCAUGAGAGAGAUUUUGGAUGCUAAGCAAUGUCUCGCGGGAGAGUGAAGCAGGGGUGUACAAGUGUGGCUUGUGAUAUGUGUUUUCUUAUGAACUUCUUGACAUUUGAGUUAUUUAUUGUUCGACAUCCACAAAACUCAGAACAAAUUAUAUUCCAUUUUGAAUACAGCCCAACUUGUCGGUA